AUGGCGCAGAAUAAGGAACUCCCCCGGAUCCGGGCAUGUCUCUUCGACAUGGACGGCCUGCUGAUUGACUCAGAGGACAUUUACUCGAGGAUCACGAACGAGGUCCUCCAGAUGUAUGGCAAACCUAACUUGCCCUGGUCGAUCAAGGCCCUAUUGCAGGGUCGGCCCCAACCCGAGGCAUGUAUUUUGUUGACGUCCUAUCAAACACAUCGAAGCUUCAUGCUAACAAAUCCAAUUCAGGCUAGCAAAAUCUUCCACGACUGGGCGAAACUGCCCAUCACGCCCGAGGAGACCGCAGCAAAGCAGUCCUCGCUCCAAGCUGCAUACUUCCCGAGUUGUGGACCUUUGCCAGGAGUCCCUGAACUGCUCUCCAACCUUGCAGCAACCCAGUCCACCGACCAGCCCUGUCACAUUGCAUUGGCAACAUCCUCCAACAGCAGGAAUUUCAAGCUGAAGACCGACCACCUGACUGAUCUCUUCUCCGUAUUUCCUCAAGUGCAUCGCGUCUUAGGUGAUGAUCCUCGGAUCGGAAAGGGCCGAGGCAAGCCACUUCCCGACAUCUACCUUCUCGCGCUGGAGACCAUCAACGCGGACCUGCGCAGUAAGGGUCAAACUGAGAUCAAGCCCGAAGAGUGCCUCGUCUUUGAGGAUGCUGUUCCUGGCGUCGAGGCUGGCCGCCGUGCCGGUAUGCAGGUCGUCUGGUGCCCGCACCCGGGUCUCCUCGAGACAUACAAGGGCCGCGAAGAAGAAGUUCUGGCCGGAUUGACGGGGGCUCACAAGGAAGAAGACAAGAGCGAAGCAGAGAAAGAGGCAGACGAACUGCAAUCUUGGCGUGUCAAGGGUGCUGGCAAGGUUGGCGAGCUGGGCGAUGGAUGGGCGCAGCUCUACCAUUCGCUGGAGGAUUUCCCAUACGCAAAAUAUGGCAUCCAGAUCCCGUGA